AUGGCCGGUCGUUUCGUUCGCGCGUCGAAGUAUCGACACAUCUUCGGGAAGCCGACCAAGAAGGACAUCUGCUAUGACAACAUCCACAUUAGUCGCAAUGCCUGGGACACCAACCUGGUCAAGGUCAACCCCGAGUACCUUUCAGUCAACUGGGACUCCUCUGGCGGCGGCGCAUUCGCAGUCAUUCCCCUGAACGAACGAGGCAAGCUGCCCGACCAAAUCCCGCUGUUUCGAGGACACACAGCCACUGUUCUCGAUACCGACUGGAACCCGUUCAACGACCGUAUCAUCGCCUCUGCCUCGGAAGACGGAAAGGUGUUUAUCUGGGAGGUGCCGCAAAACUUCACGCUUUACACCGAUGCUGAAGAGGUUCCCCAUGUCUCCCCUGUUCACAAGCUGGGAGGACACACAAGAAAGGUCGGCCAGGUCCUCUUCAACCCUGCCGCGGAGAACAUUCUCGCUUCAGCCUCCGGCGACUUUACAAUCAAGCUCUGGGAUGUCGGAACCGGCCAGAACGCCCUGACCCUGAAGCACAGCGAUAUCGUACAGAGUUUAUCCUGGGAUGCCAGUGGUAGCAUGCUCGUGACCACCUCUCGCGACAAGAAAAUCCGCGUGUGGGAUGUUCGCCAGGAGCGACCUGUCCACGAGGCGCCCGGACACGCUGGCGCCAAGAACAGCAGAGCCGUCUGGAUGGGCGAACAUAACAGGUUUGCCACUACUGGUUUCUCCAGAAUGAGUGAGCGACAGAUCGCUCUGUGGGAACCUGGCAGGAACGAGCCCAUUGGUGGAUUCACUAUGAUUGAUUCCAUUUCCGGUGUCUGCAUGCCUUUCUGGGAUGACGGUUCCAACUGUCUUUACCUUGCUGGAAAAGGUGACGGCAACAUCCGCUACUACGAGUAUGAGAACGACAAGUUUGAGUAUCUGAGUGAAUACAAAUCCGCUGAACCUCAGCGUGGUCUUGCAUUCAUGCCACGGAGGGGCAUCAACGUCCACGACAACGAGGUUAUGAGGGCCUACAAGACGGUCAACGAUUCCUACGUGGAGCCCAUCUCCUUCACUGUGCCUCGCCGCGCGGAGACUUUCCAGGCUGACAUUUUCCCCCCAGCCGUCGGCAACAAGCCAGCUGUGAGCGCCUCGGAAUGGCUCGGCGGCAAGAGUGGACUCCCAGCCAAGAUUGACCUGGAGAGCAUAUACGAGGGAACCGCACCUAAGGAGGUUCCUUCUGACUACAAGCCAAUCCCCAAGCCCGAGCCAUCUCCUCUUCCCAAGGCCGCCCCUAAGGCUGUGGAGCCUAAGGAAGCUCCCAAGCCUACUAUCCGAUCACCUCCACCCACAAUGGCAGACCAAAAGGGGUCCAUCUCUGCCAUGGCCAACAAGUAUCAGGACAACGAGGAGGUAGAGGAGGAGGAGGAUGAGACCUCUAGCUUCGAGGAGAUUUCCAAGCCUCCUCAGCGAGGAAAUGUCCGCGCCGACCCUCCCAAACCAGUCACGGUCCCCAAAGUCCAGCCAUCGUCUUCUCUCGCCACCCCCGUCACAGCCUCAUCCCACCUCAAGUCCCCCGCCGGCUCCGCGACGCCUACGCAGAUGCUCUCGCCACUCCCUAAGAACGUGGAGAGCUCUCUGGACCACAUCAAGGAGCUCAUCGAGAACCAGACCAGGAUCAUCAACGCACAGAACGACAAGAUCGGCCAACUCGUGGUUGAAGUGGACUCUCUGAAGAAGAAAGUCAGCUCCGGAUCACAGGACCAGAGCGAACGAAUCAGACAGCUGGAGUUGGAGCUUGAGGAGGCCAGAUCUUGA